UUGAAGAUCUUGUGCAUAUCUUGAAUAUCUUGAGAAUACCUAGAAUAAUUUAUAGAUAUAAUAAUUAUCCCCAUAAUACUUGCUCUGUGUUUUCCCCGACCCGACUUCAAAAAAAAGACUCUUUUUUUCUUCGAAAGACUACAUUAUUCCUGAACAUGGAUUCUAUUACAAGCACAGAUGAUAUGUUGAUUCAGACCAAAGCAAGACAAGAGAAUAUACUACUAGAAAUAAUUAAGGAAGUUUCUAGCGUUUCUAAUUCACAACUGUCUUCAAAACUCGUUGGAAAAGUUAAUAGAAUCAUCGCUGAUUGUGACCUAACUCAUUAUUCCAGUCUUCACAAACUUAGUACUGCUGAUGAAAGUACGGCAACUGUUUUAGGUUUUAUGAAUCAGUCUGUAGCGGAACUUAGUUUUGAUGAACAAGUGGAAUUAAAUAAUGCUAUUUUACAUAAAAUUCAGUCAAAGCUUCCUGAAUUUAAUAAUGAAUUAGAAAAACUGCAGCAAUCAAUGGGAGCUAAGAAUUCAAGGAAAGCUGAAAUGCAAACUUUACAAAGAAGUCUGGAUGAGAAAUUAAAUGUAUUGAAAGAGCAAGAGGGUGAAAAGGUUGAUUUGAUGAUGGAGUGGUUGAAUCAUCGUCUUCAACAUGUGUCUACAUUUAGUUCUAACUCCACAGAACAUUUAACUUUGAAGACUAAAAUACUUGAAAUAAAGUCCAGAAUACUGCAUCUACAAAUCUUGCAGAAUAUCUUCACAGAAACAAAUCAAUCUAUAAAGGCAUAUAGCGAAGUGCAUAAAGAUUUAAAAGAAAGCAUUCAAGAAACAGAACAGAGGAUCAAGCAGUAUAAAGAUAUUAUUGAAAGCAGUUAGACAUAUUGUUCAAGUAACCAUUAAUAUGUUUAUUAAAUUAUUUUAUAGUAUUA